GAAAUCUGUUAUCAUAAAUUACUAGCUUCGGGUAGAUUUACUACGAUACCGGCAUGGCACAAAUUAUUCUACUCUCAGCACAUUACAAUUAAUUUAAUCGAAAAAACCUUAGUCAAGUAUUGGAUAUAACAUGUCAUCUCGAAUAUCUUCGGUUUCAUGUCUUAAGUAUUUGAAUAGGCGUAAACCCUUUAAAAAGAUAAAUGCUUCAUGCAAGUUUUCAUCAGACGUUCAAAAGACUGAUUCUUUCAAGCAGCCACCACUUACAGAACCAUUGCCAAACCUUCCCAACGUAAUUUAUAGUAAAAAAAAUUUUAAAUCUGAGAAAACGGAGCUUACUAAAUUGUCAAAUGGAAUAAGAGUGGCUACUGAAGCUUCGCAUGGUGAAUUCUGUACUGUUGGAGUGGCAAUAAGUUCUGGAUGCCGUUAUGAAGUACCUUACCCUAAUGGUAUCAACCAUUUUCUCGAAAAAUUAGCUUUCAGUACAACUGUAAAUUUUCCUGGUGAUAAUCAAAUAGUGGAUGAAAUUGAAAAAUAUAAUGGAUUAUGUGAUGCACAAUGUUCCAGAGACGUUGCAAUGUAUGCUGCAAGUUUUAAUAGAAAGCACGUGGAUGAGAUGAUUAAAGUCUUGGCAGAUGUAGUAUUACGAUCUAGAAUGACAGAUGAAGAGAUAUCGUCUGCUAGGAAAAUGAUCCAAUUUGAACAUGAUACACUAAAGUUAAGACCCGAACAAGACGUACUUCUAGAAAAUCUAGUCCAUAUGGCGGCUUUUAAAUGCAAUACAUUAGGUAUGUCUAAACUAUGUCCACCUGAAAAUAUUCCAAAAAUUGACCGCCAAAUCCUUCUAACAUAUAUGAAAAAUCAUUACGAACCUGAAAGAAUUGUUGUUGGUGGUGUCGGCGUCAACCAUGAAAAGCUGGUCGAUAGUGUUCAAAAAUACUUUGUAGAUCAAAAACCAAUUUGGAACAAUGAAAAACUAGAUACAAUCACUGUUGACAAUUCCAUACCACAGUAUACAGGCGGAAUAAUUAUGGACGCAUGUGAAAUUCCACCAUUUCCGGGUCCAUCUGGUUUGGCAGUUUUGUCGCACUUGGUAGUUGGUCUUGAAUCUGUACCAAUGAUAAAAAAUCAACAAGAUUUUAUCGCAUCUUGCGUAAUAAAUAUUAUAAUGGGAGGCGGUGGAGCGUUUAGUGCUGGAGGUCCCGGUAAAGGAAUGUACACCAGACUAUAUAGAAAUGUAUUAAAUAGGUAUGGUUGGCUAUUUAGUGCAACUGCUUACAAUUAUGCUUAUGUUGACAGUGGAUUAUUCUGCAUUCACGCGAGUACAGAACCAAAAUAUGUUAGUGAAAUGGUUAAAGUCAUCGUGUCAGAAAUGGUCAACAUGGCCGGUAGUAUUCAAAGGGAAGAAUUUUCCAGAGCAAAAAAACAAUUACAAUCUUUGUUGUUAAUGAAUUUGGAAGCGCGCCCAAUAAUAUUUGAAGAUAUGGUAAGACAAGUGUUGGCAAGUGGCUAUAGGAAACGACCAGAAGAACUCCUCCAAGACAUUGAAAAUGUUACUGAAGAAGACAUCAUAAAAGUGGCCAAACAAAUGUUGGAUACUCCUAUUACCGUUGUUGCACGUGGGGAUAUUUCAAGACUGCCACCAAUAGAACAAAUUCAGGAGCUGCUUACUCUUAAACCUCAAGGAAAAUUUUUCGGUCGCUUUUAAAUUGCUUAACCAUUUAUAAACUCUGUUGGAACACGACUAUAUUAUAGUUUUUUUGUCUAGACUCUGAAUGUUAUAUGAAUACAAUGUGCAUUAAAUUCUAAUAAUGUUAAAAUAAAAUGUAAAUUUACUAUUUUCGUGUUUAAUACAAAUUUUAUCCCUUAAAGAAAGAUGUUGAUAAAACCAUUUUAUAGUUAUUAGGUUUUGCCGUGUCUUUCUUUUGUUUAAAAAUUUGUGGAUAUAGAAAAAUAUUUAAGUUUUUAACAAUG